AACUGAAGAUUAGGCUAGGUUUUUCAAAGACCCUGUUUCAGCGCUGGCUGCCACACCUGCCUCGGUGUAGUGGAGCCGGAUUCCAAGAACAAAUAACCUACUUGUAACUAGGACAAAUCCUGUAUGUUCUCUCUCCCUUGUCUGCGUAUAAAAGGCCGAAGCGCUUGUAAGCUCUGUUGUCUUCCCUGUUUGUACUUGCGGACUUGAGAGCUUGCGAGCCAAGAACUGGGGCAAAGCCGCAAAAGAAGGAUAACUCUCUAGGGUUUAUGAUUUGUACUUUUCACGUUUCUGUUUUUGGGGUUUUCAUCGAAGAUCAUUCAGCCGCUGAUCUAUAUAUAUAUAUAUAUAUAUAUAUAUAUUUUUUUUUUCUUUUUGUUCUGAAAUCUUCUAUCCAAUUCGGCCCUGCAUCCGUUUGUUCGGGAAUUUUGAGUUUUGCUUUCUCCGUACGAGUAAUGUCUACCGUGAGGAAGGGGAAGGUGAGAUUGUUUGACGAGGUGGACGAAACUUCUUUCUCUGCCAAGAAAGCUUGUAUUAAUGGUGGCCCAUUGCACAGCUCUGCCAUUAAUAAAUUGAAUGGCCGACCUUACUCACAGAGGUACUAUGAAAUCAUGGAGAACAGAAAGACGCUUCCUGUAUGGCAGCAAAAAGAAGAAUUGUUCCAGGUUCUGAAGGCUACCAGUCCUUGAUAUUAGUUGGAGAAACUGGUAGCGGCAAAGCAACUCUGGUGUUUUUGGCAUAGACUCUGCAACUGAGUAAAACUGGGCAAGCUUAAAGGGUACUGGAGGAUGAUUUGGUUAUAGCUCUUGCAGGUUUAUUGAAUUUGAAUCCGUACAAGGAAUGUCUACGGAGAGGAAAGGGAAGGUGAGGCUGUUUGACGACGUGGUGAACAAAACUUCUGUCUCUGCGAGGAAAGCUUUUAUUAAUGGUGGCUCAUUGCUCAGCCCUGCCAUUAAUAAAUUGAAUGCCCAACCUUACUAGUUUACUCACAGAGGUACUAUGAUUUCCUGGAGAACAGAAAGACGCUUCCUGUAUGGCAACAAAAAGAGAAUUCUUCCAAGCUCUGAAGGCUAACCAGUCCUUGAUAUUAGUUGGAGAAACUGGUAGCAACAAAACAACUCAGAUCCCUCAGUUUGUUUUGGAUGCUGUUGACUUAGAGACACCUGACAAAUAUAAAAAGAUGAUGAUAGCCUGCACGCAGCCUCGUAAGUUUGCUGUGAUGUCUAUGGCCUGUCGAGUUGCUGAAGAGAUGGAUGUAACAAUUGGAGAAGAAGUGAGUUACACUAUCCGGCCUGAAGAUUGCAGUAGUUCAAAAACUGCUCUAAAGUAUUUAACAGAUGGUAUGCUUUUGAGAGAAGCUAUGACAGAUCCCCUUCUGGAACGUUAUAGAGUUAUUAUACUUGAUAAGGAGGAGGUUCGUUAAAGAACUUCAGCAACAGAUACUGCUCUAUUUGGGCUUCUGAAAGAAGCAAUGAAAAAUAGACCUGAUAUGAAACUGGUGGUGAUGAGUGCUGCAACUCGUGAGGCCAAGAAGUUUCAGGAUUACUUUUACGGUGCAGCUCUUAUGAAAGUUCCUGGAGUCUCCUCUUACACACAGGUCAAGGAUGAUGGUGCAUCUCUUACGGAAGUUCCUGGAAGGCUCCAUACAGUUGAAAUCUCCUCUUACACACAGGCCAGGGACGAUGGUGGCGCAGAUUUGUGUUGCAGCGACGACAUUCUAGCAGAGAUUCUAAUUUGUUUGCCCCCUAAAUCGGUCUUCAAAUGCAAGUGCGUAUCAAAGAGGUGGUACAACCUUAUCCCCGACAUUAGUUUCCGUAAAAUUUAUAGCGCAUCUCCUCGUUAAUGCCACCUCUUGGGCUUCUUCCAAAACCUAAAAAUGGUAGCCCACUUUGUUGUCAGAUCUGUCAAUAAGUAACCAUUUGAAUUCUUGGCAACAUCACCACCACCAUUACCAAAAGUGACUUGUUCGGCAGUGAAAGGAGGAGGUGGAGAUAUCAUCAGUUUGGAAUCAUCUAAACAAAUUCUUAACUCGCUCGGCAGCAU